UAAGCCGAUCCGCUAACUGGUAACACUGAGCAGGCCGGGCAAAUUUGUUGAACAAGCGACAAUUCUUUCCUUUUUUCUUUACUACGUGAGCCUCUCGAAAGUGCGACUCUUGAACAGAACGGAUUCUGAACACACAUCAGCAUUGGUAUCGAAAAAUAACGACGAGCGGCGAUCUUUUGAACACAGAAAGCGCGAAACGCACACGCGAUACAAUCAUCAUACCAUAAUCAUCGCGGCCACGCUCUGCCUGGGAAAUCCAAAUCUAGGAAUUCACCAAAUCCGGUAACCGGACCAAGCGAUUCGUGUACCCCGCGCGAACUGCAGAACCACAGCAAAAUUAACAACCUUGGGUGAGAAGAGGCACAGGCGCCAUGAGCGUGGACACGUACGCGCCCAGCUCGGCGCUCUCGUUUCUGGACAUGGAUGAUAACGAGCUCCUCCCUGGAGCAGAUACGCAGCCAACGCAGUACGAUUACCGCGACUUCACCAUGCCAUCCACCUCGCAGAGCCAAACGCAGAACGAUCAGCUGGAGCUCCACCCACGACGUUCUGGCGGGGAUUCGCAUCCUCGGCUGGCCAGCAUCACCAAUGAUCUAGCCGAUCUGCAGUUCGAGGAGGAGGACGAUGAGGCCGGAGGCUCCUAUGUAAAAGAGUUGCCGGCACACGCUUGCAAGUACUGUGGUAUCCAUGAUCCAGCCACGGUUGUCAUGUGCAACAAUUGCCGAAAAUGGUUCUGCAAUGGACGCGGCAGCACCUCCGGUUCGCACAUCAUCAAUCAUCUGGUAAGGGCCAAGCAUCGCGAAGUGACCUUGCACGGUGAAGGACCUUUGGGAGAGACCAUACUGGAGUGCUACUCCUGUGGCGUUCGUAACGUCUUUGUGCUUGGCUUCAUUCCGGCCAAGGCCGAUUCCGUGGUCGUACUGCUAUGUCGACAGCCUUGUGCCGCCCAGAAUUCAUUGAAGGAUAUGAACUGGGAUCAAGAGCAGUGGAAACCGCUUAUUGCUGAUCGUUGCUUUUUGCCCUGGCUGGUAAAGCAGCCUAGCGAACAGGGCCAGCUGCGUGCGCGCCAAAUCUCGGCCGCCCAGAUCAACAAGCUGGAGGAGCUGUGGAAAGACAAUAUUGAGGCCACGUUUCAGGACCUGGAGAAGCCGGGCAUUGAUUCGGAACCGGCACAGGUGCUGCUGCGUUACGAGGAUGGCUAUCAGUACGAGAAGACCUUUGGGCCGCUGGUUCGCCUUGAGGCCGACUACGAUAAGAAGCUAAAGGAGUCUGCUACACAGGAGAACAUCGAAGUGCGUUGGGACGUGGGCCUUAACAAGAAGACUAUCGCUUAUUUCACGCUGGCCAAGACAGAUUCCGACAUGAAGCUGAUGCAUGGCGACGAGCUUCGCCUUCGCUACGUGGGCGAGAUGUACAAUCCGUGGAGCGAGAUUGGGCACGUGAUCAAAGUACCGGACAAUUUCGGCGACGACGUGGGCCUCGAGCUAAAAUCCUCAUCCAAUGCUCCGGUUAAGUGCACUAGCAACUUUACGGUGGACUUUAUAUGGAAGUGUAUCUCUUUCGAUCGCAUGACUCGUGCCUUGCGCAUUUUCGCUAUGGACCGCAACUCGGUCUCGAACUACAUCUAUUCGCGCCUUUUGGGCCAUGGCCGUCCGGAUGCCAACGACGAGGUGCUAUUCCGCGGACCUCAACCCAAGCUUUAUAGUGCCCCGCAUCUGCCCGAUUUGAAUCGCAGCCAGGUCUAUGCCGUUAAGCACGCGCUCCAGCGCCCGCUCUCGUUGAUUCAGGGACCGCCCGGAACUGGAAAAACCGUGACAUCGGCCACUAUAGUUUACCAGCUGGUGAAGCAGCACGGCGGCACUGUGCUGGUCUGUGCUCCCAGUAACACGGCUGUGGACCAGCUUACCGAAAAGAUCCACCGCACAAACCUUAAAGUGGUGCGUGUAUGCGCCAAGAGUCGCGAGGCCAUCGAUAGUCCGGUUAGCUUCCUGGCGCUGCACAACCAAAUUCGUAACAUGGAGACGAACUCCGAGUUAAAGAAGCUGCAGCAGCUAAAGGACGAGACAGGCGAGUUGAGCUCAGCGGACGAGAAGCGUUACCGCAGUCUGAAGCGCGGCACCGAGAACCAAAUGUUGGAGGCGGCCGAUGUUAUUUGCUGCACUUGCGUGGGUGCUGGCGAUGGCCGACUGUCGCGCAUCAAGUUUACCUCGAUCCUGAUCGAUGAGUCGAUGCAGUCGACGGAACCGGAAUGUAUGGUGCCAGUGGUGCUGGGCGCCAAGCAGCUAAUUCUCGUGGGUGACCACUGCCAGCUCGGACCGGUGGUCAUGUGCAAGAAGGCGGCUCGUGCCGGUCUAUCGCAAAGUCUUUUUGAACGCCUGGUGGUCCUGGGCAUCCGUCCCUUCCGCCUGGAGGUGCAGUAUCGCAUGCAUCCCGAGCUGUCCCAGUUCCCGUCCAACUUCUUCUACGAGGGCUCGCUGCAGAACGGUGUCUGCGCCGAAGAUCGUCGCCUUAAAUUGGAUUUUCCCUGGCCACAACCAGAGAGACCAAUGUUCUUCCUCGUAACGCAGGGACAGGAGGAAAUUGCCGGUUCAGGUACCUCGUUCCUUAACCGCACAGAGGCCGCCAACGUAGAGAAGAUCACAACAAGAUUCCUCAAGGCGGGCAUCAAACCGGAACAAAUUGGAAUCAUCACUCCUUACGAAGGUCAGCGAGCGUACUUGGUGCAGUACAUGCAAUACCAAGGCAGCCUUCAUUCGCGCCUUUACCAGGAGAUUGAGAUCGCCAGCGUGGACGCGUUCCAGGGACGUGAAAAGGAUAUUAUCAUCAUGUCUUGUGUGCGGUCCAACGAACGUCAAGGCAUCGGUUUCCUUAACGAUCCGCGCCGUCUUAACGUGGCGCUUACUCGAGCCAAGUACGGCAUUAUCAUUGUGGGCAAUCCCAAAGUGCUUGCCAAGCAGCAGCUCUGGAACCAUCUGCUCAACUUCUACAAGGACCGUAAGGUGCUCGUGGAGGGAUCUCUUAAUAACCUCAAGGAAUCGCUCAUUCACUUCCAAAAGCCUAAGAAGCUCGUCAACAGCAUGAACAUUGGCGCACACUUUAUGUCCACCAUGAUUGCCGAUGCCAAGGAGGUGAUGGUUCCGGGUUCCAUCUACGAUCGUAGCGGUGGUUAUGGUCAGAACCGCCCAAUGCCGGGUCAGGCCAUGAAUGGUGGUCAGUACGGCGGUGGCGGUGGUGGCGGCGGUGCGGCUCCCUAUGGGGGCUCUCCUCUUGGCUAUGGUGCACCGAGCUCCAAUUCGAUGAUGGGAUUCAGCAGUGGUGCUGCCGGUGGCAACAACAACUUCGCAGGUACCGGUACAGGACCCAGCUGGGCAGCUGCCCAUUUACACCACGACUCCAUUGGCUACAUAUCCAACGAUCACGGAGCAGCGGCUCUGGGCAACAUGCCAGUACCCGUUGGCAUGUUCAUGAACAUGAGCAAUCUUCCGCCACGAUUCUACAACCAACACCAGCAGGCGAUCAUGGCUGCCAAACAGAAUCGGGCAAUGCAGCAACAGCAGCCGGGUGGUUUCUCUCCAAAUAACUCGGUUGUUUCACUAACUGGUGGAGUCUCCUUAACCGGCAAUAAGAAGUCCCAGAAGCUGGGAAAAUCACGUGUAGCCGGUGCCCAAACUGGUGGAGCUCCAGGUACAGGAGGACAGUCGGGCACAGGAAAUGCUGCUACUCCAUUUAGCCAGCAGCCGGCGACUUUAUCGCUGCAGAUGACGCAGCCCAGCGGAUUUGCUCUUUCGCAGCAGCCGGAACUUUCGCAGGACUUUGGGCAAAUAUCACAGAUGGAUGGUUUGCUCUCCCAGGAUGUUGCCUUUAACGUGUCGGGCGAACGUAGUUUGAAUCAGUUCUCACAGCCUUAUUGAGAAUACGGCCGGAGGUGCACCAACUACAAACGAUAACAAGCAACCCAAACGAAACAACAACAAACUCAACUUUGAAGUCAUCAUCAAGGAGUAGCAUCAGUAGGCAGCAGGAAUAAAGCAAAGAAGACUAUCACGGGAACAAUGACAGAUGCGGGAAACAAAAUGCGACAAUGCGACCAAGGAACAUGAGUACGAGCGGGACAUUUAAGACGGCAAGACGAGAGACGGAGAUGGCGAGAUAUGAGGAUUGAGUUAUAAAGAAGUGAGGAGGCGGAGUAGAGAUGUCAAGUGAUCGAGGAAUCGAGAGCAAAACGAUGUAGGCUGCCAGGAUGCACUGCUGCAGCCGCUGCAACCAAGCAGAUGUUCCCGAAAAACGCCGCGGGCCAUGAAAUCAUGGCCAGGCGACUGGCUAUUGGCCACGAGUGCGCUCCAAAGGAGUUAGCCCACGGAUGAGCCGAAUCUGCCAGCAAGGCGCCACACCAGUGUUGCCCUUGAAACGACGACGGACAACUUCUCGACACGUUUCCUUUUUUUGUUUUGCCAGCCAGGAUUCGCAGACGGAGCCUUAAACGCAAAAAACGCAAUUACUCCCGCCCAGGACACGUAUUCACCAAGUGGCUUACCUUCUAACCUUCUUCUGGCCUCAAGUACAGCAGCCAAUCUUCAGCUCCUGUUCUAACCUUUCCCCACUCCCACCCCAAAAAAGACGGUUUACUCACACCGAUACAUACAAUACUAUUUUUAUGCCAACUGUUGUAAAUUUCGUACAUAUUUUUUUUUUUUGACUUCUUUUUUUGAUUUCUGUAUGCAUUUGUUAUCCUAACAAACACACAAAAAAAACCAACAAAAAAACCAAACAAAAAAAUCGAGACGAUGCAAAAUCAAAUUAAAAAAAAUAUGGAUAAACCAUUUUUAAUCGCACGGGAACGCUGGCGGAUCCCCCAAAGCGGAUGCAAGUUAACAGCGAAGAUUGGAAAUCUAAUGAUUGAUGAGGAAGCAUAUUAUGAAUUCCAAUCCAAAUACACCCACACACACCCCACAAUCACAAACAAUAAUUAACAAAUCGAACUUAGAAAGAACCGGAGAGAAAGGUCAAAUUCCGAAAAGGUUAAUAUUAAUUAAUAUUAAUACAGUUACAGAUGCCUGUUAAUUGUUUUUAAAACGAUAUGAAAAUGGUAUAUUUUUUCUAUAUAAUGUGAGUUAAUUCUUCCCCACGCGACUCUUUGAUUCAAGAAAAUGAAACAUAUUUUUUUUUAAAUUCUAAAUAAAGAAUUUAAGUUUUCCCUUGCGAAAAACAAA